AUCUAUCGGCUACAGGCAGUACUACUCGCCAGGUUUGCCGUGAGAAGUGAUCAAAGGUGGUCAAGUGGACACCUGCGUCCAACUCCGUGGAGGGAGGACCUGUGAGCCGACUUGUCACAGAACCUUCCAGCAAAAACAAAGCUACAGUAUGUCUAAGUGGCUGAAUGAUGGGGAGGUGCUGGAAGGUCAAGGCAGCGGCGAGGCUGUACCUGUAAGCCCGCGACCUCAGAGCAUGUCAGCAGGGAGCCCCAGACUGGCCAGGGGCCGCAGCCCACUAAGCUCGCCCACCCCUAGAAAGGCAACAGCAAGCCCGCAAGCAGCAACCAUGGGGAAGGCCAAGCAGCUGUUUGUGUUGUGUGACAAAGAGGGGAAAGGCUUCAUCACGAAACGGGACAUGCAGAGGCUACAGGUGGAGUUGCCUCUGUCGCCCGAACAGCUGGAGACCGUAUUUGAGAGUUUGGACCGUGAGAGCAACGGGUUCCUUACACCACUUGAGUUCAGCACUGGACUUGGAGAGCUGAUGGGGCAUAACGACACGACUGAGCAGAGCCAAGAGCUUCCAGGCAAAGACAUAGACCAGGUGGACUGGUCGGAGGAUGCUGCUACAAUAAGACUUACUGACAUUCUGAAUGAGCUUGGCGCUGAUAAACUUUCUGACAGUCAGCAGGAGCUUUGUACUUUUUGGUGUGAGCUGCAGAGAGAGCGGCCAGAGCUGCUCAGGGUCCUGGAAGGCAUCCUGCUCCACGCUGUCACACAUCUGAGGGACUCCAUCAGAGAGAGAGACAGCCUGGAACAAGCUUUGCGCAGACGGGAGAGUGAACAUGAUCAAGUUGUUCAGUCUAUGUACGAAGAAAUGGAAAACCAAGUCCGAGAGGAACGAGAGAAACGCCUGGCUAAGGAGAGCAUCAGACAGAAGCAGAGAGGAAUACAGGUUGAGGAAGAGUUGAAGAUGCGGGACCAAGAGUUGGAGAUAACCUUGAGCAAACAGAAAGAGCUGGAGAGCAAAAUGCAGCAGCUCAUCUGUGAGCAGGCAAACAUCAAGGAACAGAACCAGGAGCUGCGCAGCCUCAACGUCCAGCUGCAGGAGCAGGCACAGAGUAGUAGGAUGCAGCUGCAGGCUGCUUUGUUUCAGCUGGCCCAGCUACAGCUCAGCGCUGCACAGGAGCAAGCGGCCAGACAGCAAAAUAUGAUCAAAGUGUCCAGAAACAUGCAGAAAGAGAAGGAUAGUCUCCUGCGACAACUCGGCUUGUUGAGGGACAUGAAUAAACGGCUGCGGGAUGAGAAAGAUGCCCAGCUGACCAAGAAUAGGAGUCCAAAUAUGGAAGAAACUUUGCAGAAGACAGGGUCAGUUGUAGGGCACUACUUUCUCCAAGAGAAGCCAGUGAAAAGACGGCUGAGCUCGUACGAUGAGCAGGAACAGGACACGGAGAAAAUAGCGAUAGAUUCAAAGGCAUCAUGUAGAGUCAGGUGUGAGAGAGUUGGGCAGAGCAGACUUAUGAGUCCUCCUCAGCACGUGUUCAAGUUGGUCUUCCUUGGUAGCUCAGGGGUGGGGAAGAGCGCCUUCAUCCAGCACUACUGCACAGGACAUUUCUGCAGCCCUAGAAGCGAAACUGCUGGUGUUGAUUUCCAGAUGAAGAUCAUCUCUCUGGGCUCUACCUCCAUCACCCUGCAACUGUGGGACACUGCCGGUCAGGAAAGGUUUCGCUGUAUCACCGACCAGUACUACCGCAAGGCUGACGCCAUCCUGGUAGUGUAUGACAUCACUUGGUCGGCCUCAUUCACCGCUGCGAGAGAGUGGAUAGACUCUGUGGAGGAGAAGAUGUGCGAUGGUGCGAUGCUCAUGCUGCUCGGAAACAAGCUGGACCUGGCUGACAGUCGCUGUAGGAAAGUCGCAGAGAAAGAUGGACAGAAGUUGGCAGAGCAGCACCGGGCCUCGUUUUUUGAAUGCAGUGCCAAAACUGGCGCGAACAUGGAGGAGCUGAUGACUCAUCUGGCUGAGAAGUUAAUUGCCCAGCUUGAUCGACAAAGUGAAGACACACUUUCCCUGACAGAGUAUGCUGCACAAAGAAGUUGUUGUAUGUAAUCGUAAAAAGACAAAUGUAUGAAAACGGGUUACAACUACCAGGGUUCAGCUGUUACCAGUUCUAAUGAUGAGACAGUUUUUGGGGUUGAGUUAAAGGUUCAAAUCACACCUAACAACGGGACUGUCACGUCCAGAGGUCAAGUUUUUCUUCCUGUGACUGUAUUAACACACUGUAUAGUCUUCUGUUUACUGAAAGUCAUGGUUACUGUAAAGUUUAUAUGCUUUUAGAAUGCUUUGAUUCAGUCAAAUAUAAUUGUUUUGUUGAA